AUGGUUAAAACUGAUACUGAGAAAAUAAUAAAAAAUUCACCGAGACAUCAUCAGAAUUUGACACCGGGAGAAAAGAUCGCACUCAUGGAUCUUAGACAAGACCCAAACAUUAUAAUUCGAUCAUCGGAUAAGGGUGGCGCUACAGUCAUUCAGUCAUAUGAUAAUUAUCGUAUUGAAGUAUACAGACAACUAAAUGACACAUUAACAUAUGCCAGACUUACGUUUGAUCCCACAAAGAAAUUUCAAAUGAGAAUACAAAAUCACAUCGAUCUGGGAAAACAAAUGGAAUAUUUGGAUUUAAAAACUGCACAAUUUUUAUUUGUGGAAUAUCCUAGACACCCUGUGCUGUACACCUUGCCUAAGAUCCAUAAAGAUCCUAUACGACCACCAGGGAGACCUAUAGUCUCUGCUAAUGACAGCUUAUUAGAACCAAUUGCAAAAUACAUCGAUCUUUUUAUCAAAG